UGAGGUUUCUUUAUCCGACGGUUCAUUUAUAUAUAUUUUGUGUUUAUGUUUAAUUAAUAAUUUAUAAAGACAAAUAGUUAAAGCCAAGUCGCCUCUUUUCCUCGUGUGAUUAUUAUAUACAAGUAAAAUUCUUAUUAGGAAGUGUGAAACUGAAAGGUGAUUGAUUAUAUCUGUAUUGCAAUCAUUCUUCUUCUUCUUCUCACACUAAAUGGAAUUCUUCGAGAAACCUGUAGCGGUGAGGCUGAAAACUCACCUAGACAAGUACCUGGUGGCCGACGACGACCAAGUCACCGUCCGUCAAAGCCUAAGUGCCGGAGGAACGCGUCGUGCACGGUGGCUGAUCGACCACGUUGACUCAAACAGCCAUGUGAUCCGUCUCAAAAGCUGUUACGGAAAUUACUUAACGGCCUCCGACACGCCCUGCCUCAUGAUGGGAAAGAAAGUCAUCCAAAAGUCGUUGCCGGAAAGCACCAAAGAGCAGCUUGCGAUGGAGUGGCAGCCGGUGAGGGACGGGUUUCAGGUGAAGCUCAAGACAUCCUGCGGGACAUAUUUGAGGGCCAACGGGUCCAUGCUGAGAAACACGGUGACGCACGAUACCUGUUUUACGCAUAAUUGGAUCUUAUUUGAUGUUGAGGCGGUUGACAUACCCGAGGAUGAAGAGUUUGAUGAUUAUAUGUCCAUGAUAACCAGUUUUUCUUCCGUCUCCGAUGAAAUUUCAGGCCUGGAAUUUAGUUCACUUCACUCUUCUCCCCGGACACCCAUCUUAUCAUUCAUCAAGAGGUCUCCAUUUCAACAAGCGUCCGUGAUGGAUUUCUUCCACAACGCCAAGGCCGUCCGCCUAAAGAACCACCACAACAAGUACCUAUACGCCGACGAAGACCAGGAAUCUGUCUCUCAAGACCGUAACGGCGCCUCCAAGAACAACCGUUGGACCGUCGAGUUCGUUACCGACACCCAUAUCCGUCUCAAGUCGUGUUACAACAAGUACUUGACAGCUUCCAACCAGCCUUUCUUGCUCGGAAUGACCGGCCGCAAAGUCCUCCAGACCCUGCCCCCUCGUCUAGAUUCGUCCCUCGAGUGGGAGCCCAUCCGUGAGGGGAAUCAGGUCAAGCUCAGGACCCGCUAUGGUCAGUACUUGCGGGCCAAUGGUGGACUUCCCCCCUGGAGGAAUUCUGUCACACAUGACAUCCCGCAUCGGACGGCUACCCUCGAGUGGAUCCUCUGGGACGUAGAUGUCGUCGAUAUCGUGGUGCAGUCCCCCGCCCCAAGGCCACCGCCUCCCUUGCUUCAUUCGGAUUCUUUUACGUCUAGUGAUUCCAGCUCCCCUACAACCAGUUGGUCCUUUCAAGAGUCUUCACCAGCAAAGAUAGACCAAGGCCGGGCAAUAUAUUACCAUGUGGUAUCUGAUGAUUUUGGGGAAUUGGAUGAAGAUGCACAAGGAUUUUGCAUUACUUUCAAGGGAAACGACGUGGGUGAGUUGACUCGAAAGCUUGAGGAAGAAACAGGACUAAAGGGGAUAGCUGUGUGCACGCGUAGCCCAUUGGACGGGAACCUCUACCCUCUUCGAUUGCAGCUUCCUCCCAACAACGUCACAAUGAAAGUUGUUGUCGUUCACAACUCCUCUUCUCAGGAAUGAGGGAGGACUCUUUUUGUACAUACAUAAGGAUUAAGGAGUGACAUUUAUUACUACAUAUUAUUAUAUCUAAUAUGUAUGCAUUGAUAGUUAUAUUUGGGUGUUUUUGUAAAUGAGAUGCUAAAGAGUUCUUUUUAAGUUUAUCAAAUUAUUAUAUGA